GUUUCAGUGAAGGGAAACAUGGAUGGAAGCUGGAAGAGGAAUCAGUGCAGAGCUGAGCAUUGGGCAGUAAAAAACUGUGCUUUAAGAAAGAGAACAGUAUAAUGUGAAGUCCUUGUACACUUAUCCAAAAAAUAGUAUUAUCAACCAGCUAUUCCAUGUAAGUAAUGAGUUAUAUUUACUUACCAACUUCAUGUGCAACAUUUGAUUAUCAUGUACACCAUUAUUUUAUUCCUUUAGUAGCAUUGCCAAUAUUGUUUUUUACUUUUCUGCCCUGCUUUUAUUUAAUCUUACCCAAUACUACUUAUUACUAUUCAGUUAUUCACUGCUGUUAGCCUAUUGUACAUAUGCAUUUUAGAUUUACCACCAUUGGUUUAUUUUAAUGUUCUUUUAGUUUCAGAGCGAUAUCUAUCACAUUUAUUACAUUCCUACCAUUAUGGCAUUUUACCUCUGGGUUAUUAUUAUGUGUUCAUGGAUUUAUAAGAAGCAUUUUAAUGCAGUUGCUGACCAGUGUGAAACUAAAGUGCUUUCCAUAAGAGAAAAAAGACUGCAUCUACCUUAACAAAUUUGAAUGUUAAGGUUGAGAAACUACAGUGUUAUUUAUGAUAUGAAUUCCAUCCAUCCUUUAUCUAUACACUGCUUAAUCCUCAUUAGGGUGGUGGGGGGCAAUUACACUAUUACAUUAACCUGAGCAUGUUUAUGGAUUGUGGGAGGAAGCAGGAGUACCUGGAGAAAACCUACGCGUGCACAGGGAGAAGAUACAAACUCCAUGCAGAAAGAUCCCAGGAAGACUAAAGUGCUAACCUCCAAGUCACUGUGCAGCCCUGACAGGAAUUCACCUAUACAAAUAUUUUGGUUAGAACCCUACAAAAUUAGAUAAAAUGCAAAUUUACACAACUAAAUUAGCUAGUUAGGGUAAAACCCGACCCCAUUGUUAAUUAUUGAGAUUUACCAAUGACAAAUAAAAUUGAGAUCCUACAAAACUAUACAUGGAAAACCCAAACAAUCCAAAGAUUCCCUGUGAGCAUGCAUAUUUGACAUUUGGCAACCUCAUGAACAGGAUACCCAAAAUAAAGCAUAUUGGCCAGAUUAAAAAAAGAGGUGGAACUGUAAAAACAAAACAGAAAAAGGAGACAACCCAUCAAUUAAAACCAGAAGGGCAAUAAAAAGAAACUGAGUGGGCAUGACUAGAGCAGCUUUAGGAACAAUUAAAAGCAAUGGCAAAAAGGUGAGUGUUUAAUUUUGAAUUGAAACAGCAAAUGGUGGGAAAGGAUUUAUUAUAAACCAGACAACUGUUCCAGAGACUGGGUACAGUAACUGAAAAAGCCCUGCUGCCUCUAGUUUUAGGGCACUGAAAGCACUGGCAAGUAAGCUUUUGGAAAAAAAAAACAGCAUGAAAAAAUCUGGAGUAUUUAUUCUCUGAACUGUAAAUUGUAGAGCUAUUGAUACAAAUAUUCAUACCUAGAAAAUAUUUGUAUAGUACAUUGGAAGUUUUGUGAAAUAAAGGACUUUAUAUACAAGUCAUCCAUAAAUAGGAAGAUUCCAUGCUGUGUAAAUAACAUGUUUAUCUGUGAAGCAACAAGUAAACUAACAUCUGCUGUAACUGCAGUGGAGGAAAAAAAUAGGCUACGGGCUUUUUCUCUGAAUAUGAAUUAGCAUGGAAUUAAGUUACCCAAGUAAUUCUGUAGUAGUUCUGUAAAAAAUGGAUUUAAGUGCAAUACUUGAGUAAAUGUGCUAAGUUACUUCCCCAACAGAUAUAAAUAAGACAUCUCUGACGAGGCUAAAUGUUUAAUGCAACAUCCCCCCCACUGAGGAGCUCAGAGCAGCCUUUUAAAUGUUCUGGUCUCCAUAACCACAGUGCCUGGAAACAUGCUGCUGGUGUCAGCUCUGCUUCUGUACAGAUAAAGCUAAUACCUGAAAGUGAGGCUUUCUAAGUGGCGUUAGGAUCCACAGUUGUCAGUUACACUUUUCAGCAAGCUGUCCGUGAAGUGAACUUUCAUCUGGAAAUGGAAAUGGAGUGGAUUUCAGCGCAGUGAAAACAGCUGUAACACAAAACAAAACAGCAGUCACCAAUGGCAACCAAAGAGAGCAAACAGUGGUGGGAUCCGUAUGAGACAUCUUAUAAGAAACAGUUCAUCAACCAGCCAAACUCAGCUGCAGAGAUUCUGCUGUGCCCAAUGUCAGCAUCAUUUAUAGACUCCUAUUCAAAGUCUGGACCUUUUGGUUCAACUGUAUACAAUAAGGACUUCUGCUGGAAGCCAUCCUGUAAACCUGAAUGCAUUCGCGCAGGAACAGCCUCAGGACAGAGGAGAAACAACCCGCAUCCCAGCCAGUCUUUCAUGAUGUGGAGGCUGCCGAGGGAUGCUGCACGAAACUCUGAGUAUGUUGCGUUUCCCUGGAAAUGUCCCCCAUCUGAGGGGGAGAUACGUAAAGCAUUGACAGCACAGUACUCCUCCACCUACGCAUGUGACUUCAUGGGUUUGCCUCAAGGAUAUGAGGACAUCACUAAAGCAGAAGGACGACUUGCACGGCUGCACAGCAGGCAUCACAUGCCACUCUCCGCUGACGCUGAGACGAGGGCCAGUUACCGCCAGCCAAAGCCUGAGCUGCUGGGCAAUCUCUUCCACUACAGCUGCAAAAAAAAUCCAAACCUGGCCUGCUGUGGUAUCGUUCCAACUGUUGUGCAAAGACACAUCCACACUCAGAAGCAGAAGGGAUCAGAUGUGACAACCUAUGACCGGUUUUAUGGAAAGAGAGUCGGCGAUGUCACAUCUGUGAUAAAGUCUCUGUUGCCCCAGGAGCUGCAGCAGCUGCACAGAAUUUUACCUGAGGAGGAAAAGGAGGCUGUAAAAUCAGUUUUGAGUAAAGAUGCUUGUCCAAACAACAGGGAGAAAAUGAAUAAACUUCCAGCGGUUGUGCAUAGGUCCUGCUCACCUGAGUGGAUAUCAAGCUGGCCAGGACCUCUCUAAGCCUUACUGAUUAUAUUUGUUGUUGUGUUAUCUGUGUUUGUGUUUUUAUGUGAAAAUAAAAGCAAAAUUAAUACAUUGUAAAUUAAAUGUGUUAGCCAGAAUUUUUGAGUGUAACUUGUAUGUUGUGGUAAUUAAA